UGUAAUAAAUUCCCAAUUUCACCAUAUAGGAAAAAUUAAAAGGCCAAGAAACAAAACCACACCCACAAUCCAUUUCGUUAUCCACUCUUUCAUCAAAAACAAGAUUUUUGAAGCAAAAAAGAUUAAAACUUUAAGGAAUUGGAACCAAAAAUGGCAACAAUGGUGGCAGGUAUAAGCCUGAGAGGACCAGUGGUGAGUAGUCACAGGACAUUUUCAGUGGCAAAAAGGGCUUCUUUACCAAAGUUGAAACUGAGUUCAGAGUUGAGUUUUGUAACCUCCCAAUUGAGUGGUCUCAAGAUUUCAAGCACCCAUUUUAGCUCUUCAGCAGCUCCACUUUCUGUUCCUUUCAAGCCUUCUCUUCAACCUGUUGCUCGUAGAAUUUGCCCAUUCACUGGGAAGAAGUCCAACAGGGCAAACAAGGUCUCUCACUCAAACCACAAGACGAAAAAACUGCAAUUCGUUAACCUUCAAUACAAGAGGAUUUGGUGGGAGGCAGGCAAGCGCUAUGUGAAACUGAGGUUGUCAACAAAGGCCAUAAAAACCAUUGAGAAAAAUGGACUUGAUGCUGUAGCCAAGAAGGCUGGAAUUGAUCUUAGCAAGAAGUAGAACCUUGAACAUGAUAGCAUCUUUGUUUGUUCACUAAUUUUGAUGCCUCAAAAUAGUACUUAAUAUCUUUUGGCAUUGCUUGUUGAUUUAUUGAUUAUAUGCUUUUCAUAAUAUUACUUUCCAAGAAUAUCUUGAUCAAAA